UUCUGUACGCAUGCUGCAGGUUUCAUAUGUUGAUAUGUGAUCCUUUUGAUAUGUGAUCCUGUUUGUUUCAGCCUAAAAGACUCUAAUUAAUGUCCACCUGUUUUCACAGUUGCUUUGAGAAUAUUUUUGCUUUUAUUCUAAAAGCAAAUGUAGUACGAAAAGGUGGCAAGAAUUAAAAUGGACCAUAACACAGCAAUUUAGUGUUCCCCUACAUUACUUUGCAUUCUUAUUUUAUAAGAACCCAUUCACAUGCCAGAAGAAAAGCAUCUCUGUUUUUAAAGAACUGUGGAUCUGACUGUGCUGUUUUCUGCACAGGAGAGUAUUUGUUUUGCAAUUAGUAUUAAGUCUUUGUAAAAUCAAGUAUAACUACAUAGGAAAUUUAAAAAUACAUACAUGUUUAGCUGAAUGAUUCAGUGGCAAUGCACUACCAUAUCUAAGUAGCAUCCAAACUUAGGUUUGGUUCUCAAUGUCAACCCCCAAGGAAGUCAUGGGAGUCUGUCCCCUGAACUCAAUGAACACUGUUGUCAGCAGCAGAGCCCGCCACACAUGUGGCUGCCCGCAGCAAGAGCCUUUUGAGCUGCUUCAGCCAGGGAAAAAGUCCCUUUAUACUUACUCAACUACAGUAAGAGUGUUAACAAUACUAGUACAAUGUGAAAGAAUAACAUUUUUUCCGCUGAGCAGAAAAUGCUGAACAUUUUCCUAGUUUAAAUGAACUUUUUCCUAGAGAAUUGUGAUCAGAAACAGAACUGCAGUAAGAAACAUGCUGCAUGAGAAACCACACUGUGUUUUAAAUCCUUACAAUAAGGUAGUGAAGAGACAGAAAGUACAGAUGUAAGUACAAUCCUUUACUGACACUAAAGUUUUUUUUCUUUCUUACAGAACCCAAGCUCACGUUCUCCACUCAAGCAUGAGAUACUAAGGUACAGAAGAGUUUGAAAUGUACAUUCACCCACAUUACUGCUAGCUCAUGGUACCAAAAUGAGCCUAACAAACCUAAAACAGUCAUGAGGCACCUCAUGCAAUACUCGUGUGAGCUGUGCCAUCCUGCAUUGGAAGAGGCUCUUGUAUCCAGUAUCCUUCUAUUGAACUGCUGUCCUUUGCCCAAGUAACUCUGGAUGUCUUCAUUAGCUGCUGCUGGCAACACCCUGACAAAAUAUCUGCCACCCAGAAAACCACAUACUGUAGGUGUCUGUGCCUGUGACUCACAGCUGCCCUGCCCACUGGAAAUAUGUUGUUGUACUCUUCAUUGGCACCUACAAAACAUAAACCACUAAACCUUAGAACACCUCAGUGAUGCCAGUCAGCACCUUGUCUGCCCCAUGAGGAGCCUGUCUGCCAGCCCUGUUUGUAGAGAUUUCUAGGUGUGGAAUCCACUUUGUGGGAGGCUUUGAGCCAAGUGACAUCCUCCCUUCUGAAAGGACACCUUCUUUAAGGUCUUUGCUCCGUGACGCUUCAGAAACGCAGAGGUCCGGCUUCGCAGGGGGUGCUGGAAGCCAGCAGCGGAUGCACCGUGUCUCCGCUUACUUGUCGCAGUGCAAAUUCGGCGGCACCGAGGGAAAUGCCCCGGGAGAUCUGCGCCCUGGGGCGCCAGGGUCCCCUGGCCGGCGAGAGACACUCGGCAGGAAGGAAUGAGCUGAUAACCGCGGUGUAUAACAACACCCCGGAGAGCAGCGUCCAGACAGCUGGAGCCUUCUGUCUCCGGCAUCUACCUGUGCGGGACAGGCUGGCCCGGCCGGCGGGGAGAGCCAGCGCUGCCUGUCGCUGCUCCCCAUGGCAUCAGCCGGCCGCCCCUCUGCCCGAGCCCCCUGCGCGGCUCCGCGGGGCGAGGCGUUCCCCCGGCGCGGAGCCGCUGCCGCCGCACCUGCCCGGCCGAGCGGCGGCGGCCCCGGAGCGCCGGCAGCCGGCGGGGCUGCCCCGGGCUCAGCCGCGUCCCUGCCGCUCCGCCGAGCCGCGGCCCCGCGGCUCCGGGCACAAGCGGGCAGAGCGAGAGGCUUGCGGGGAAACACAGGGAGGAAGAGAUGGGAAAAUAAGUGGUCUAGAACGGGACCGUAUCACGACCGGAGCUGCACGGCUGCAUCAGCCCGCGAUGGCUGAUUUUAGAGACCUCAUCAGGCAGCUCCAGCUCGUGCGAGUUCAAGUAUUUCCUUGAUUAGCAGAAGUUGAAACUGAAUCUAACUUUUUCCGAAGGAGAAGACAAGAUUUUAUGUGAUAAGCAUUGCUUUGACUCAAAUUAAGUCUCCCAUUCCAGU